UGGUGAAAAUGAUGAUAUUACCUGUGCAAUUAAAUAUUUUAAAGAGUUAGAGAAAAUGUCAUAUUUACUUUUAAUCACCCGUCGAGGGUAUUCACAGAACUUUGCUCAUCCAAUUCCAACUAAACUGAAAGUUCUGACCAAUUUAUUUCGUUUGUUAUCUGUAAUAUUAAUUGCUCGCUUAAUAGUUACCAGUAAAACGGCUGAUUAUCAAGCUAUACUCGCCGAUCCGGUAAUUGGGAUAAACGACCAUGACCAAUUGGUUUCUGUUACUGCAAUUCUCAUAACUCUGGGGUUCACAGUUCGUGAAUUCAUAUUAUAUGCUGAAGAGAACGGAAAGUUCAUUUUAUCGUACAGUCGAAUCAGCGAAAUUAUCAGCAAUUCCGCUUCACAAUCCAGACUAUUGAGUGAAUCUCAGAUUCAAUCGAACACAAAACUGUUGAUAUUAUUCAGCAAAAUGUUUACACGAGGAACGAAAAUAGCAAUAUCGGUUGUAUUGGGUCAAGUUUUAGUCAGAAUUUUCAAUCCGGAGCUUUUUUCAUCUAGUAUGUUGGUUGUUUCAUCAUUCUGGCUGAUUAUCGAAGCGCUGGUCGCCACAAUCAAUCUUUGCAGCGGAGUCAUGGAGUUUCACAAUCAAUUCAUUGUCCUUUUAAUUUACUAUUUAGACUUGAAUUCAUUGAAUCAUUUAUGCAAAUCGCAUUUAACAUUACCAAAUGAUUGUCAGCGUAUGCGUUUCAUUAAUUAUUCAACGAUUAAAUUUUUUAAUGAAUUGGAUUUAGUUUAUUUUGAUAUUAAGUAUACUUUGCUCAGCUUGCUUAUGUUAGGAUCACUUUUGGGAACUUUCAACCUUUUUUUUGGACUGAUUAUUACCAUCGUGUCGGUCGUAUUUUCUAAAAUUAUAGCGUGUGGUGGUUUAUUACUAAUUUUUGCUGGGAUUUCGGGUUAUUUAGCAGCGGGAUUUGUUUCCAAGGUAACAAUGAGAAGCUUGACAAUAAAUAUGAAAACUUAAAUAAUCGAGUUCUGAACCUCAAUUGCUUAUAUUAAUAGACUCAAGAGCUGCACACAAAUAUAGCGAGGCUUUUGUAUACUUCAAGAAUCGAUGGUCUAGUUACUAAUUUUAAGUCUCUAGGUUUACUUGAUCGUUUAUUGAAUCCAUCAAACGGAGUUUCUGUCGGUGAUCUGUUGGUAGUUAAGAAAGAUUUCAUUGUUUUCUACAUCCUGAAAAGCGCAAGUUUCGUCAUGUUGUUAACUUGUAACUUUCGAUCUGUUGUAGAACCUUAGCGUAUUGUUUAUCAUUUACUCGUUUAUCUCCAAUUACGUGUGUGUCAUAUUCAUGAGAUUUAAGAUCGAAGAAAAACUAAUCGAACCAAUUUUCUGAUCAAAUAAUUCUAUUCGAAUUGGUUAUUACUCGUAUUUAGAUGGCAUCAUGCUUGCCUCUGUGUG